AUGGCUGGAGACAUUCACAAAUCCUUUUGGAAUCAGGUGUACCGACCCAACAGACCAGACGGGGUCAGCGGCCGAGGACAGAGAAUACAUCUUCAGUUGUGGGACACAGCAGGGCAGGAAAGGUUCCGUAGCUUGACAACCGCCUUCUUCAGAGAUGCCAUGGGCUUUCUCCUGCUCUUUGAUCUAACCAGCGAGCAAAGUUUCCUCAAUGUCCGGAACUGGAUGAGCCAGCUGCAGACGCACGCCUACUGCGAGAGCCCCGACGUGGUGCUGUGUGGAAACAAGAGCGACCUGGAGGGGCAGCGCGUGGUGAGGGAAGACGACGCCAAGCGGCUGGCUGGCAAAUACGGGGCGCCCUACUUCGAGACCAGCGCCGCCAACGGCGCCAACGUGGGGCCGGCCGUGGAGUCGUUGCUGGGGCUGCUCAUGAAGCGCAUGGAGCGGUGCGUGGACGGGCCCCACGCCUGGAUCGCCAACGGCCCCGCCGAGACGGCCCCGCAGCCCGCCGGCAGCGGCGGCUGCGGCUGCUAAAGGCUCUGGCGCGGACCAACCGCGUCCGGCAGACGCGCAAUAAACCAGUCCGUGGCCA